AUGUUCUUAGGCAUUAGAAUCACCCCAGUCCCAUCUGGUCACUUCCUUGACCAGCAACAAUAUGCCCAAGCUAUCUUGCAAGCUAGUGGUUUCCUCAACUGUAAACCAUCUCCUACUCCUAUUUCUCUCAAACCGCAAACCCACAAAGCUUCAACUCAACCGUCACAUGACCCAACUCUCUACAGGCAGCUAGCAAGCUCUCUCCAAUAUUUAACCAUCACAAGACUGGACGUUGCAUUCGCUACCAACCAAAUCUGCCAGCAUAUGCACGACCCACAACCGGGCGACUUUCAAGCCUUGAAGAGACUCCUCAGUUACAUUCAAGGCACAAUUACAUACGGACUCCCUCCGUUGCAUACCAAUCUGGAUCUCACAACUUAUGUCGAUGUGGAUUGGGCCUCCGACAACACUGAUCAGAAAUCUACAACUGGCUUCUGCACUUUUCUUGGCUCAAAUCUGAUUUCAUGGACAUUAAAAAAGCAAAACACCGUCGCCAAGUCAUCUACCGAGGCUGAAUAUCGAGCGCUGGCAGCGGCAACAUCGGACAUUCUCUGGCUUAGGAGACUUCUUCGAGAAUUUGAUGCAUCCCAAACUCAACCCACAAAAAUAUUCUGCGACAAUACCUCAGCCAUAGCCUUAGCUAAAAAUCCCAUAUUCCAUGCUCGCACUAAACAUAUUGAGAUUGACUAUCAUUUUAUUAGUCACCACAUUAACAACAAGGAGAUCAAAGUACUACACAUCAACUCCAUUGCUCAACACGCUGAUCUCCUGACAAAGCCUCUACCUACCUCCAGGUUCCAAGAACUUCGCACCAAACUGACUAUCCUUGCCAGAGACAAUCAAUUUGAGGGGGCAGUUAGAAUACACUAA